AUGUCUUCUUCUUCUUUUUCCUAUUUGUUAACUUGUCUUAUUUUGUUAUCAUCACUUUCAUAUGUUUCCUUUGCUGCCAAUCCAAGAACUCCUAUUGAUGUUCCGUUUGGUCGUAAUUAUGUUCCAACUUGGGCUUAUGAUCAUAUCAAAUAUUUAAAUGGUGGCUCUCAAAUUCAGCUUACCCUUGAUAAGUACACAGGUACUGGCUUCCAAUCUAAAGGGUCUUAUUUAUUUGGUCACUUUAGUAUGUACAUACAAAUGGUAGCUGGUGAUUCAGCUGGCACAGUCACUGCUUUCUAUUUAUCUUCUCAAAAUGGAGAACAUGAUGAGAUAGAUUUUGAGUUCUUAGGGAAUAGAACAGGUGAACCUUACAUUUUGCAAACAAAUGUGUUCUCAGGAGGCAAAGGUGAUAGAGAACAAAGAAUCUAUCUUUGGUUUGAUCCUACAAAAGCUUAUCACAGAUAUUCUGUGCUGUGGAACAUGUUUCAGAUUGUUUUCUUUGUGGAUGAUAUCCCAGUUAGGGUAUUCAAGAACAGCAAUGACUUGGGAAUAAAAUAUCCAUUUAAUCAACCAAUGAAAAUAUACAAUAGUUUAUGGAAUGCUGAUGAUUGGGCCACAAGGGGUGGUUUGGAGAAAACAGAUUGGUCUAAAGCACCAUUUAUAGCUUCUUACAAAGGCUUUCAUGUUGAUGGUUGUGAAGCUUCUGUCAAUGCAAAAUUUUGUGACACACAAGGAAAAAGAUGGUGGGAUCAACCUGAAUUUCAUGAUCUUGAUGCUGCUCAAUGGCAAAGGUUAAAAUGGGUGCAUUCAAAGUAUAUUAUUUAUAAUUAUUGUACCGACCGUAAACGUUAUCCUCAAAUUCCUUCAGAGUGUAUAAGAGACAGAGAUAUUUAA